UGGGCAAAUAUUUUUCCAUGCUUUAUACUUUAAUUUAUCUGAUUUCUUAAUUUAAAUAACAGUGCAGUUGUGCUUUCAUGAAUGAGCUUUAUCAAAAAAGAAUGGCAUAUUAGCAUGGGCUUGAUGAUUUAUGUUUCUAACUUUUAAUAAAACACAAUUUUAGGAGAGUGUGUGGCAAUUAACUUUAGCGGCAUUUACGACAAGAUGGAACCAAUGUGUUUGUUUUGAUCUAAAAAAUCAAUGCCAAUGAACGGAUUAAGCAUCACCGACAACGACAGACAGAAAAAGAUUCCCAGUCCUGCCAUGGCGGAGAUCGCAAUGAGAGCCCUGCACGUGUCACCAAGACCGCGCGUGCGAUCUACGUCAAUGAAAAAACCCAAAGUAAGACCCCCCGAGGACUUCGAGCUCGAUGAUAUGCGUCCUAGAACCAGCAGUCUGCCCUCCAAAAAUAGCUACAAGAAACCCAACCUUUUAGCAAUCAAAUCAGCGGGGAUUUUAUACGAAGACAGUGAGCAUGAUUUGUACAGACUCAGAAGCUUUGAGAGAACGGCCAAAGGUUUGGUCAAUCGAGGAGACUCCUUAAUUUCUAGGAGUAAUAACAGUAUUUUUUCUUCGGAAAGUGAAUAUGGUGCUUUGUCCCAAACAUCGAGCUCGGCAUCACAGACAAGCCUCACGGAGCAUCACAAACCUUACCGGAUCCUCAUGAUGGGGUCACAGGGGGUGGGGAAAACGGCCUUAACACAACAGUUCAUGACCUCGGAAUAUCUCGGGGGUUUUGAUACGAGCAUUGAUGGCGAGGAGGAGAAGGUGGUGUCAGUAUUACUGAACGGCGAGGAGUCCGUCUUGUCCUUCAUAGACCCCGACACUGAAAACGUAAAGCCAAGAUGUGCUCCGAACUGUUCUUGCAUCGAUGCUUAUGUAGUUGUCUACUGUAUUGAUGAUCGAUCAUCGUUUGAUCGGGCCGUCGAUAUUCUUUACAACUUACGGAAGGAAGAGCACAGUGAUUCGGCGAUUAUCUUGGUGGCCAAUAAAUGUGAACUUGCCAGAUCAAGACUCAUCACCUCUGAAGAAGCCCAGGCUGUAGCUAAGACCUAUGAUUGCAAAUUCAUCGAGACAUCGACAGUGUUAAAUCACAACGUGGACGAACUUCUAGUGGGCAUCUUAAGUCAAGUCAGACUGAAAAUCAAACAGAAUGAAAGAUCUCACAGUAGACUUGAGGGAUGUGUCAACAAAAGUAAACAAAUUUUGAACAAAAUCUUUAAAAAAGAAGGAAACGCCAAAUCCUGUGAGAACCUUUACGUUCUAUAGAUCCUUAGAACCGCCCUUUAGGGAAGAUAAACGACUUUUCAAAUCUACGACGUAAAAUGGUAUAUCCUGCGUACAAAACCCGUAAUAAAGAAAUGUGGUUUCGAAGUACAUUAAGUAUGUAUAAA